AUUAAUAACUCACGGAGGAAAGAAUUGUCCUGUGCUGUUGCGGGGUUGUGAAGAUGUUCAUGCGUGUCAAAACGAGGCCGUGUGUGUUCCUGUUCUUCUGGAUGAAGCUAAAAAUCUCCAUGGCUAUACGUGUUCCUGUGCCCAUGGCUACAUUGGCAAGGUCUGUGACACAACUACGAUGAUGACGUUGUCGACGUCAAGCUUCAUCAGGAAGACCUAUACUUCCGGGUUCAACCUCACAAUGAGGUUCAGGACAGCACAGUCUAAUACGAUUUUGCUUUACAAUCGGGUUGGAAACGCAUUCGUCAGCGUUGAGAUCGCAAAUGGCUCUCUGUAUCUGGUAUCAGGCGAUUCUGCUGGCUACAAUGACACCCAAGAAGCUCUGACAUCACUUCCGCUUAGUGACUCGCACUGGCACAGCCUCAGUUUGGUGUACAACAGUAACACCACCCCUAACCCUGAUGGACCCUCUAUGUAACACGACUGAAGAUUGCAUCUUAUCCUCUCCCGGUCCCACUUCCGCUAGUUCACUAAGAGAGAAUUUCAUUGGUCAGGUUCCUGUGACUCCAUGGAAACAGGGUACAUUGUCCAAACUCGAUUUUGAUGGCUGCGUGGAAGAUGUCUUUUUCAACACUGAUGUACUCAUUCCUGACAAUUACGGUGUGGCCGAGUUCCAUGGCAUCAGCAUGGGUUGCCCAGCAUGCCUGAGUGGGACGUGUAAAGGCUUUGCCCAGUGCCAGCCUCGUGGAACUAGAGGCUUUCGGUGCGUCUGUACCUCGGGAACAAACAACGGUGUAUGUCUCAGUGAUAACGGAGUGACGUGUAAUUUUGAUGCUGGUAUGUGUGGAUGGGUCCAGUCAACUCAGGAUCAAUUUGACUGGACCAGGUACCAAGGAACGACGAGUUCUUCUGACACCGGACCAUCGGGUGAUCACACAUCGGGAUCAGGAGCAUAUAUGUACACUGAAGCAUCCAGUCCGCGAUCCCAAGGUGACACUGCUUCACUCAUCUCUCCACAAUUCGACGUCAACAGCGAUAUGUGUUUCCGGUUCUACGCGAACAUGAACGGGAACUCGAUGGGCUCUUUGCAGGUUUUUUUGAAGAGUACAGUGGCAGGAAGACCACUAUCUUCUCGCAAAGUGGAAACCAGGGUGCAAGCUGGUUCCCCUGUUGUUCCCAGCCUGCCGCAACAUAACAGCGUGCGUAUUGAAAUCAAGGGCACCGUCGGCACUGGCCUCUACAGCGACAUGGCCAUCGACGACGUCGACCUCCUCUCUAGCAGCUGA